AGCGCCCUCCCCCUGGCAUCCCAGACUGUGGAGCGGGCCGCCACCGCUGCAGGGGCCGCCGCGGGGAUGCUGAGCGCGGGCGCAGCUGCUCUCCAGGCGCUGCUCUGCUGAAGGCGCACAGGACUCAAUUACUGCCAUUGUCAGCUCUGCCAUUUUAUAUGCACAUUUCUCUUCCACUAUGAGAAGACCAAUUGCAUUGCACAUUUGUCUGGCUUUCUGUAGCCUCCUACUUCUCAACUUUGCCACACAAUGUUUGGCCUUCCCCAAAAUGGAAAGAAGGGAGACAACAUAUGUUAAUGAAAAAAGAAUGCAGUCUGAGAGGAUAAACGUGGAUGACCUAGAAAAUAACUCCAUUACUUCUGAGGGCACUUCCCAACCAGUGGUCUCCGAAGACCCAGUGAUAGUGUUAGCGGGACCAUCAGCAAUGCCAUUAAGUAAAGUAUUCCCCAUCAACAAAGAAACCCAUUCUGUGGAAGCAGGGCUCAUGCAGCCUAAUAGCCUUCGUACUGACACUACUACUGAGCCAGUGGUCCGAGCAGUAGAAGAAGUGUUCGGUUCCAGCCAGCCCGAGAGAAUGUCUCCUGAAAGCCUCCUUUCCAAGGCUGUGAUAACCAGUUCUUUCACGGCCACUGCUUCUCGGAGUGUUGAUAAGGAGGAACCGUUUAGUAGUACCAACAUUCAGCCCCUUGGAGAAGGGACCACAGAAACAACACAAGGUUUUUUGAAGUAUGUCGAUAAUCAAUUGUUUACAACUGAAAGUCAGGGAAUCAUUAGUCUGGGACAUUCAUCCUCGUCCUAUGUGAAUACUAACAAAAUACUAACCACUGAUCCAAGGACUGAGAAAUUUGAAGCAGACACAGAUCCUAGGACAACUUCUUUUCCUGGUGCUGAGCCCAUAGCAGACACAGAGCCUGGAAGCCUCCUGCCUGAUAGGGAGAAGCCUUUGCAGAUGACAGCUGAUAAUACCCAGGCUACUGCCACCCAGCGCGGGCUUGCAAUCUCCGAGUACAGCCUGAGUGUUGAGCCGGAAACUGACAGCCUGCUGGGAGCCCCAGCAGUCACAGUGAGUGUCAGCACAGCUGUUCCAGCUGCCUCUGCUUUCAGCGAUGAGUGGGAUGACACCAAAUUAGAGAGUGUAAGCCAGAUAACGACCCCAAAGCUUGGAGACAAUACAGAGACUCAGCUGAGAAUGGAAACGUCUCCGACAGCCCAAGUAACCGGUUAUAGCAUGGAAGGAAUGGAAGGGGCUGGACCUCUGACAGAAGCUGCGCAUGUGGGUCUUGGGCUGCCUGGAGGGGAAACACACACGGGGACAGCCCUGCUAAGAGCACAUGGGGACGCGAGAGCAUCUGCCUUCACCGAUCAAAUUUCCUUUACUCCCACAAGUCCCAUGGAAGCUACGAAAGCCCCUGUUGUAAACUCGUUUCAAAAUACUGCAGACUUCAUGGAAUCCACCAAGGAAAACAGUGCUGUGUUUUUCUUAGAGACCACCGUUUCCAUCUCAGAAUAUGAGUCUGAGGCUUAUCAGCCCCUGAGAAAUACAUUUAAAGACACCAUCACUCAAGAGAUGACGAUGGCUGCUCAAGAAACGGAAGCCACUUUAUCACUGGUGACACAAGAGCCUCAGGUUUCUAGCCUCCAAGUUACCAGAGAAAACGGCGAGCCAGGGGAAGGUGAAGAGCCCCCCUCUGCCUCGUCCGAUGCUCCUGGUGUCACUCUGCUGUCAAGACGAUGGGAGACUCUGGUCACUACAGUUUCAACUACAGCUGCAUCUCCGUCUUUCGAAGUUACUCCCACUAUGGAAGACCUGAAGGACACAGUCACAGGGCCGAAGGAGGAGUGGAUCACACCAGUUUUUGGCUCUCCAGUGACACGCCCUGGAAUAAUGGAGGAGGCACCUAGCGUUUCUCCAGAGCUUUCUGAUUCUGAGGCUUCCUCUGAGAGAAGAACCCUUGUUCCAUCCAUCAGUCUUGUUAAUACAGCUGCCCCAUAUGGCCUGGACCAGCUUGAAUCUGAAGAGGGAGAAGAAGAUGAGGAUGAAGAGGACGAGGAGGAGGAAGAUGAAGAAGAGGAAGAUGAGGAGGAAGAUGAAGAAGAUAAAGAUGCAGACUCCCUGGAUGAAAGCUUGGAUGGUGACACUGAGCUGCGUGGCUUUACCCUACCUGGCGUCACAUCCCAGGAGCCUGGCUUAGAGCCGGAAAAUGUGGACCUUCUGGAGGGAGCCACCUACCAGGUGCCAGACACCAUUGAGUGGGAACAGCAGAAUCAGGGCCUGGUGAGAAGCUGGAUGGAAAAACUAAAAGACAAGGCUGGCUAUAUGUCUGGGAUGCUGGUGCCUGUCGGGGUGGGAAUAGCAGGAGCCUUGUUCAUCUUGGGAGCACUCUACAGCCUUAAGGUGAUGAAUCGCAGAAGGAGAAAUGGCUUCAAGAGGCACAAAAGAAAGCAGAGAGAAUUCAACAGCAUGCAAGAUCGAGUAAUGCUCUUAGCUGACAGCUCUGAAGAUGAGUUUUGAAUCGGACUUGGAAUUUAAUUGGGAUUGUCAACCAUGUUAUUAUUUUAUUUUUUAUUUGGGGGAUAGAAAAGAACAACACCCUGCCACAUUGCUGCUGUCAGGCCAUCAGUCUCAUUAUCUGCUGGGUAGUAGAUUUCUCUUGCACUGAGCAGAAAAGGCAUGCUGUAUACUAAAUAUAAUAUGCAGUGUCUGUUUUAAUUCUGUAGUGAAUAUUCCACAAGCACGGGCUACGACUCAUAAAUAUGCAGCAUAUGUGUUGUUCAGUAGGAGUUGCUAGGUUAGGUAGAGUCAAUAUUUUGUACUUUUCCACACUACCUUUCCCUUGGUUUGGAGUACCUGCACUGAGUGCCACCAUUAUUGCUACCAAGGCAUGCUUGACCUUGCAAUAGAAAUCCUAACAAAGAAUAACUUGUGAUGACUGCACUCUACCUACUUAAAGCCAUAGGCUUGUGGGCCAUGGUCCAAAUUACAUUUGCAUCAAAACUAGCAGCAACUUGGAAUGAAAUCUUUUUUGUCAAGAAAAUCAGCACAUGAGGAUUAUAUGUAGAUUUGUAUGUAGCUUGCAUUAUGUGUUUCAGUCUCCUGGUUUUGUUAUUUUUCUCUUUCUGGUUUAUUCUUCUUUUUGGAAAGGAAAAAAAAUGCACCAGAAGUAAUGCAUUAAAUUGACUCUCAGUCUUAACGUACGCUUGCUUUCUUAAGUAGUGUUACUGAGUCCAACGGAACUGUCAAUAGAGUCUUACUUGUUUAUCAUUGAGAUGUACUUUUUGUGCACCAUUAGACUUUGUCAAGAAGGAAUGAGGAAGAAAUCAAGAAGAACGUGAGGGUAGGUAAGCUCCCCAAGCAUUUAUCUCUGUGCUUGUACGGCCGUUGUCCUGAGUUUAUUCAGAGUGUUGCUUUUCUAUACCUGUGGUCUUGCUCAUAGAAUGACUGGGCAGCUAUGGGUUCUUAUUUGACUUUAUUAGGAAAACAGACAUUUUCUGGUAAAGCAGGGUCCAUGGCCAGAAUCCCGGUGUACAAUAAAGCUUAUGAAAAACCAGCCUCUCUCGAGGCGCCACACUGCAGGCUGUUGGACUCUUUUAGAUAAAUUUUUAUUCCCCUUGGAAUGUAAUUUCUUGCCUUAUCUUUUGAAUCUGGAUAUUGGGGACUUUUAGUAAGUUUUG